AUAUAUUCGGUAAAAAUUAAUUCUGUGCUUGUCAGGCUAAUGUGAGAGAAUAGAAGGAGGUCACAAACCAUUAAAAGGUUAUUUCAAGGAGAGCAUUUCAAACAUUUCACAAAAAGAGCAAGGUAAGCGAGCAAAAGGAUUAGAGCCAAGAGGCUUGUGGUUGGGUGAUUUAAGCGCAUAGGCCAGAGCUAGAAAUGUGAUAGCACAAGUGCGGACGCUGUAGCUUUAUUAUCAUUAGUUUUUCCAUAACUACGGUCAUUUGCGUUAUUUAGGUUGUGAGCUCGUGGCGCUGAUUACCGGCUGCUGAUCCAGCGAAUUAUUAAAAAGACGAUAUUAGAAAAUCCCGUCACAGUCAGAUAAUCAAUUAGGACAAUGAGUUUAUACUCCCUCAAAUCCCCGGCUGCCUAUAACUCGUUUAUGAGCGAUAGUGGUGGCGGCGGACACAGAGAAUUCACACAUUCUGAGAAUCCAUACCGCGCUUAUACGAGCGGUUAUCCGUACACAUCUCAUACAGCAGCGCCGUCAGGUUCAACGCAUCAGAACGGUACACCAACCGAUUAUAGCAGCUUCUCGAAUCCAGCUACUCAGCGUCUCAUACACCCAUCGUAUAACAGAGAGGACAGUCCCACACCAGUUAACAACAACAAGCCCAUGCCGGCCGCAACCACGUCCGUGAUUACCUCAACCAGUCCACAGGAUUACUCCAUCAAAAGUAGAACAACCACGGAAUUCGCCACAACAAAGUCAAGUAGCCAGAUUACAGACAGAGACAGUGCGGUCGACUCGCCCUCUCCAACUCCUGGAAGUGUAGGCUCGCCCGUGAGUCCCGGUCAACCAAACAAGGAUAAUGACAAAUACGUUAAAGAGGAAGAAGACGGGAGUGAUCGGGAGGACAGGGAUGGAGAAGGGGGUGCCGAUAACCCAAACAUACAGAUAUACCCCUGGAUGAGAAGGGUUCAUCUCGGACAUGAUCAGAAUGGGGCUGAAACGAAGAGGACCCGUACCUCAUACACUCGUCACCAAACUCUGGAGCUAGAGAAGGAAUUCCAUUUCAACCGUUAUCUAACAAGACGUCGCCGAAUAGAAAUAGCCCAUUCUCUCAAUCUCACUGAAAGACAGAUAAAAAUUUGGUUCCAAAACAGAAGAAUGAAAUGGAAGAAGGAACAUAAGCUAGCACAUUUAGCCAAAUCACAAGCUAAGAUGCUGGAUCUCGCUCUUGCCCAGAGAGCAGCAGAGGCCAAGAUGCAUCACCAUGCAGCCCAUGGACACACCUUGCAUCUAUAAACAAACAUGAACUCACGCUGUCACUUGACAUUUUAGAGAAUUGGUUCGAGAUUUGAGUGAUGUACCUCUUGCAUUUGCAAGCUUGGCUGGAAAUGAUAUGUGGCUGAGAACAGGGUAAAGAAGUCUACUGGAAUAAUGUAGAGGUGCAAGAAAUCUAUAUAUUCACUGAUAUAGGUGCCAGGGUAAACCUACUCGCGAACGGUGCCAGGGUAAACAGAAUAUAUAUGUUAUAUGUUGCAUUAGUAGCAUACAUAACAUUUGACCUAUUUUAUGAUUAGAUGCAUUUUAUGGUAAUAGGUAGAUACAAACUGUGCAAUACUUCAUGAAAUCAUCAACAAGACGACGACGAUAAACACGUUGUAAAGGAACUUACAGAGGUGCAUGCAUAUACUGUAGACCUAGUGAAUUAAAAAUACUCCUUCAGAAAGGGUAAACAGAUCGACAUUCGUAUGUAUAUAGAGGGUAAUAUUUGAAUAGUAAGGAAUGAACUUGAUUGAAUUUUAAAAUAUUUAACAAUCCACCGAUGGCAUAGACAUAAAAUCAUCAAGACACAUGUUUAUUUAGUUAUAUUGCAUGAGAUAACUUGAAUGUAGCCAUGUAACUCCUAAAAUUGUAUUUACAAUAGCAUUUCAAUAACACAUUUAAAUUCAAGAAAAUAAAUUUAAAAGUUUUUUAAUUAAGCUGUGGAAAUAAAGUAUUAUAAU